UGCAACCCCAGCAGCAGCUCAGACUGCAUACAGCUGCCCAACGACUACCAGUGUGUCUGCAAGCCCGGCUUCACUGGGCGAAGGUGCCAGUUCAGAUUCAGUGUGUGUGAGUCUCAGCCUUGCCUGAAUGGAGGUGCCUGCUCCGCCUCUCCCAGCACCGUCCAGGGCUACACCUGCACCUGCCAGCCUGGGUACACUGGGCCUACCUGUGAGCGGAGCCUGCUGUCGUGCCGGGAGCUUUCCUGCUACAACGGGGGGAGCUGCCUGCAGACGGCGCGGGGCCCGCGCUGCACCUGCGCCCCAGGCUUCGGCGGGCCCGACUGCCACCAGCGCAGCGGGGGGGGCUGCUCCGCCCAGCCCUGCCGAAACGGCGGCGUGUGCACCGAGGAGGCCGUCUUCCCCUUCUUCCGCUGCCAGUGCCCCGGCGGGACGUCCGGCAAGCGCUGCGAGCAGGGCGCGGCCGCGGAGCCCGCCUGCCCGCUCGCCGACUGCCACGGCAAGGCCGGCGACGGCGUCUGCGACAAGGAGUGCAACACGUACCCCUGCCGCUGGGACGGGGGCGACUGCUCGCUCACGCUCAACCCCUGGGCCCACUGCGACGACCCGCAGUGCUGGCGCGUCUUCAACAACAGCCAGUGCGACCCGGCCUGCGACAGGCCCCAGUGCCUGUACGACAACUUCGACUGCAAGAGCCGCGAGAAGAGCUGCAAUCCCAUCUACGAGCAGUACUGCAUGGACCACUACGCGGACGGGCGCUGCGACCAGGGCUGCAACACGCAGGAGUGCGGGUGGGACGGGCUGGACUGCGCCGCCAGCGUGCCGGAGGACCUGGCGGAGGGCGUGCUGGUGAUCGUGGUGCUGCUGCCGCCGGAGGAGCUGGUUCGCACCGGCCCCGCCUUCCUGCAGAAGCUCAGCUCCAUCCUGCGCACCACCCUGCGCUUCCGCCUGGACCACAACGGCGACGCCAUGAUCCGGCCCUACACCCGGCCCGAGGCCCGCGCGCGCCGCGAGCUGCACCCGCAGGCGGAGGUCAUCGGGUCCAUCGUGUACCUGGAGAUCGACAACCGGCUCUGCUCCCAGGACUCGGAGGACUGCUUCCCCUCCGCAGACUCCGCCGCCGGGUACCUGGCCGCCCUGUCCGCCACCGAGAUGCUGCGCUUCCCCUACCCCAUCAAACAAGUGCGCAGCGAGGUGCUCCCUCCCGGCAGUACAGACGUGCCGGACUGGGGCAAGCUGCUGCUGGUGGGCGUGGCCGGGCUCUUCCUGCUGGUGAUCCUGGGGGCGGGGAUGCUGAUCGCGCGGCGGAAGCGGGAGCACAGCACGCUCUGGUUCCCCGAGGGCUUCUUCCUCAAGAAGGAGACGAGCAGCAACAAGAGCCGCAGGGAGCCCGUGGGCCAGGACGCGCUGGGCAUGAAGCACAUGCCGAAGACGGUGGAGGAGUCUCUCCUGGGAGACCACAGCGACCAGUGGCUGGACACAGACUGCCCCGAAGCCAAGAGACUGAAGGUGGAGGAGCCCAGCGCGAUGUCGGACAGCGAGGACGCAGUGGACUGCAGGCAGUGGACGCAGCACCACCUGGCCGCCGCAGACAUCCGCGUGCCCCCCUCCAUGGCCCUCACGCCCCCCCAGGGGGAGUUCGACAGCGACUGCAUGGACGUCAACGUCCGGGGGCCAGACGGAUUCACUCCUCUGAUGCUGGCGUCGUUCUGCGGGGGCGGGCUGGAGUCAGACAUCCCGGAGGAGGAGGACCCCGAGGAGUCGUCCGCCAACAUCAUCUCCGACCUGAUCUACCAGGGGGCGUCGCUGAGCGCGCAGACCGACCGCACGGGCGAGACCCCCCUGCACCUGGCCGCCCGCUACGCCCGCGCCGACGCCGCCAAGAGGCUGCUGGACGCCGGGGCGGACGCCAACGCCCAGGACAACACCGGCCGCACCCCUCUGCACGCUGCUGUGGCUGCUGACGCGCAGGGCGUCUUCCAGAUCCUGAUCCGCACGCGCGCCACAGACCUGGACUCGCGGAUGUACGACGGGUCGACCGCGCUGAUCCUGGCUGCUCGGCUGGCUGUGGAGGGCAUGGUGGAGGAGCUGAUCACCUGCCACGCUGACGUCAAUGCCGUGGACGAGCUGGGCAAAUCUGCUCUGCACUGGGCCGCAGCGGUGAACAACGUGGAGGCGACGGUCGCUCUGCUGAAGAAUGGAGCCAACAAGGACAUGCAGGACCUGAAGGAGGAGACGCCGCUGUUCCUGGCCGCCCGGGAGGGCAGCUGCGAGGCGGUGCGGGUGCUCCUGAGCCACUUCGCCAACCGCGAGAUCACGGACCACAUGGACCGGCUGCCGCGCGACAUUGCGCAGGAGCGCAUGCACCAUGACAUCGUGCAGCUGCUGGAGCACCACGCCCUGUCCCCGCUGCUGUGCCCGCCGGGCGCCUUCAUGCACGGCCUCAAGCAGCCGCCGCAGGGCGGCAAGAAGAGCCGGCGGGCCGGCGCCAAGGGGGGCGUGGCCGGGCUGCACGGGGCGGGGCCGAAGGAGGCGGCGGCCAAGUGCCGCAGCAGGAAGCUGACGCUGGACAUGCAGAGCUCGCUGCUGGAGAGCUCGGUCACGCUGUCCCCCGUCGACUCGCUGGACUCGCCGCGCGGCGGCGCCAGCAACGCCGGCUACAUCACCAACCCCGCCUCCCCGGCCCUGCCCUCGCCGGGCCUCUUCCACCCCUCCCUCUCCGUGCCGGCCACGCCCAUGGUGCGCGGCGUGCUGGACGGCGGCGGGCCCUUCGCCGUCUCCCUGGCGCAGCUGGGCGACCUGGGCGAGGCGGGGCUCCCCAUGGGCCAGGCCCUGCAGGGCCACGCCCCCAUGACGCCGGGGGCGGGGCCCGGGGUGGGGGUGGGCGGCGCCCCGCCGGGCUACGUCCUGAACGCGGGGCAGCUGGGGCUGAGCCUGGGCAUGGUGAACCCGGUGAGCGUGCCCUUCGACUGGCACCGCAUGCCCCCCGCCUCGCAGUGCGGCCCGCAGGUCAUAGGCCUGGUGCGCUCCAUCAGCCAGAGCCCCGCCCUGCACCCGCAGAGCCCCGCCCUGCAGCAGCAGCAGCACAGCCUCCUCCAGCAGCAGCUGUUCCACAGCUCCCAGCAGCCCCUGCUGCAGCCCACGCCCAUCUCCGCGCCCCAGUCCCUCAGCCCCUCCCAGCUGCCCUCCAUCUCCGAGCAGCAGCAGCAGCAGCAGCAGCUCCACGGCCGCGCCAUGGCCCCCCUGGGCCGCUCCACCCCUCCCACCCCCCAGCAGGCCCCGCCUCCGCCCACCUUCUUCAAGCAGCAGGCUCCUCCUCCCCAGCCCAGCCAGGCACAGGCCCCUCCCCCGCAGCCCCUGCAGGCCCCGCCCCCCCAGGCUCCCAGCAGCAGCAGUGCCGGUCUGGAGGACUACCCCACCCCGCCCUCCCAGCGUAGCUACACCACCCUGGACACCACCCCCAAACACUACAUCCACCUGCCCAAUGAGCACCCCUACCUUACCCCCUCCCCAGAGUCCCCCGAGCCCUGGUCCAGCCCCUCCCCUCAGUGCGUGUCUGACUGGUCAGACUCCACCCCCAGCCCAGCCAACGCUGCCGCCGCCCAAACCCAGAUACCCCACACCCAGGAGUCCAACGGCAAGAUGCAGGUGUUCGCGUGAAGACCCCACGCGCCCCCUUAUCCCCAUCCCGCCCCCCUUCCCCACCCCCCAGUGAAGAAAAGAGAAGAAGCCCCUCUGUGGGAGGAGCUAUCCUGUAUUAACCCCCUCCUCUCCUUUCCAACGGUUCAUUUGGAUCGGGAUUGACUCUGAAAUUCCACCGCGCGCUUGUCUUCUGUGCAAGGCACCGGUCAGACAAAAACGGUAAAGGGAAAAUGUUUGUUGUCUUAAAAAGAGAAGACGAUUUAAUGAAGUAUGACUUUUUUAUAAUAAAGAAGAAAAAAAAAAACUAAGUCUUUAAUUUCAAAGACUGGGGGGACGCCCUCCUAACACUAACAAACUUUAAAAAGUAGAAGAGCAUAAUGGCAAACCUACGGAAAGAGAUCGGCCAUUUUUGGAUGUAUUUAUUGUGUGUUCCCGACUACAGCUUUCAUAGCAUCUCCACCCUCUCUCCUCCAAUACCGACCAUAGCAACACUGUGCACCCUCACCCCUGAUUGGCCCAGGUUCGGUCAUUACUUGAAGCAUCGCGGCCAAUCAGAGAUCAGUGUGCUUUUAGUGUGGUUAUAGCACGGCGCAAAAGGCGACGUGCUCUGAUCCUAUUGGCCAUAUCCACUAGCUUUUGGAUUGGUUAACUCUUGACCACACCCUCCCACUCCCAGGGGGUUUCAGUGUUAGAAUGGAAUCAGCUGUUAUGAGCACAAGAGUGUUGAGACUAGCUCAACACUACUAGCGUUGCUGAGCAUUGCCAGUCGGCCCCUGGACGAGUAAUGUUGACCGGCAGUCUUUCGCUGCCCUCAUAUCCUCUGCUCCCAUUGGCCAACAGAGUGCACCCUUUGCUCUGAUUGGUCCAUUACAGUGCAUACUCUAUUCCGAGUUCCCCAGGGGACGAUCUGAUGGAUGCCACAGGAGUAGUCACUCAUUGCAGCUCCAUCGAAAAAAAAAAAAAAAAGUUUUAAAAAAUUGUUUUUGCAUCGCUUGGCUCUUUGAGAGAGAGAGGCACAGUUUUAGUGUCGUCUUUAACUGAUUUUAUUUAUUCAGGCCAGACAAACAGAAAAAGGGAGGAAUCGGUAUCAUGAGCAAAUAAGCUUCCACAGUGGCUGGCCAAACAGCACAGAAUUACUGUUCUUUUAGAGCAAGCCCACACAUUCCAUGCCCGAGUGCCAGAAAAGGCCUUUCCCAAGCACUUCCAGGGACAUGCAGCAGGGGGCGACAGUGAGACAUUCCAACUGUGCUUUAGUGAUCCUGCUGGCUCAAUUUUUUUUUUUUUUUUUUCACAGAAUUUUGGCCAGUAUUGUGUAAUAAACUAAACCAUUAUAUAUUUUUUUUCUUUUCUUUUUUCAAUGAAAUGGGCAUAAAGAAAAAUGUUAAUUGCGAGUUCUCCAUCACAAGAGCCCACACUCAGUAUUCACCAAACUGGCGACUCUCUCCCUGCGUACACCCGGCUGGGUGGACCACAGGGGGGAAACUUCCCCCCCGUGCAGGAGGAGGGUCAGGGAGGUUGUGUAGGAGCUGGUGUCACAGCAGAACGUUUGUUCUUGGCUGUGGGGUUUUUCUUUUUUUUUUUUGUUUCUUUUUUUGUAUCAGUGUAAAUGUUUGGUUUUACCUGUACUACCGCUAGCUGUCACUGCCCGUCACUUGUGAUUUUGUUUAUUUUCGAUUGAAACUGAAACCACGGUAACCUGCCGAUUGAUGCCGUGGUGGACUAAGCUAUGUUGAUUGGCUGCUGCUUCCUAUCAGUCACACACAGACAUUCCAGACACUUGCCAGUUCCUCAGUGUUGCGCUGUAGUGUAAUGAUGUAGCUGGAAACACACACGCACACACACACACACACGCACACAAGCAUGCACGCACACACACACACAUUUUUUUGGGACUACUGCUACAUAAAGUCAUAAAAAAGGGCCCAAAUUUUUAUUAUUUUUUAUUAUCAGGGACGUCUGAGAUUUUGUACAUACCUUGUGUCCAUGUCAACACACAUAUGUACACACACACACACACACACACACACACACACACACACACAUUUUCCCUGUAGCCCACUAACAGAAAUAAGCUCAUGCUCACUCUCUGUCCAGCAAACUCUCAGUGGCACACAAACACAACUCUUUUUGCCUGUGCCAGUCCCUGCCCUGUCUCCAGGACCGCGUGGUCAGAGUUUCGGUGACGUUCACCCAGCUCCUGGCCGCGAGCCCCGGGCCCGUCGUGGUUAGGGCCCCGGUGGGUGUGUCGGGGGUGCUCUGGCCCCGUCACUCUUAAGAGAGGUGGUUUUUAUAGGCGUGCAGCGCACGUGCCUGCAUCUGUAGCACACCCCCCACGCCCACCGGUCGCGGAGACGACGGUCGGUGAUGAUGUCAUAAUGUGUGGGCGGAGCAAACGCUGCCAUGCAGUGCCGCCCGUUUUCUGGCGUCGUUCCCGCGGAGUCUCCCGGUCGCCCGGUUGCUAGGCAGCGAGGGGGCUCCAGGAGACAGGGAGAGACUUUUUUUUUUUUUUAAACUUGGGAGAACAAGAGCAGCAAUAUGCCCACUGCCUCCAUUUCCCAGCACGCACUGCCACGGAUGGACCCACCCACCUCACCCAUUUCCUAGCUCCAAUGCUGUAACAUGGCACAGAACCGGGCCGGUCACAUUCAGGCACAGGACACAGAAUUGACCAGUUGGACUCUGUAGAUCCAGCCCUCUGGUCUGGGUGAGUUCACUUAAUUUGGGUGGGAACCACUGCUCAGCAGUCAGACGCAUCGAAGACACACCCACUCCGUAUGAUUCAUACAUAAGUUCUCACACACUACAGCCUGUGUACAUUUCACCAUUUCCAGCUUCUGAUUGUAAAUAUGUUCGUCUGAAGUAGAUAUACUAGCUACCGAAGUCUUAUGUUUCUAAAAUGAUUAUUUACUAAAAAUGAGAAAUAAAAAAAUGUGUACUUCCUAUUAGCAUUAUUGUGAAGUUGAGGAUGUGACUGACGUUGCAUUGGUCUUGUAUCAUUAGAAACAACCAUAGAUUAUUUUUUCUAUCAUUUAUUAUUAAUUCUUGUACUUGUUUAAAAGUAGUUUGAAAUCAUUGUACAGAAAUACCGUUCCACAAUGUUUGUAUGAAACAGACAAGCUGUAAAAUAAGUUACUGCUAAUAAAAUAUGUAGGUGACUACA